AUGGCGUCUAGCCGCUGGCAGCGGCAGCAGCCUCGUCUGGUUCGGGUCGUCGUGACGGCGGCGCUGAUGAUCAUGGCCAUGGCGACGACAGCAGCGGCGCUGGAGGACGACGACGUCGGCUACGACGCCGGCAGCGUGGGGUUCGACGAGGGGUUCUCGCCGCUGUUCGGGGAGGCCAACAUGGAGCGGUCCGCCGACGGGCGCGGCGUCCGGCUGACGCUGAACCGCUACUCCGGCUCCGGGUUCAUCUCCAAGCACUACUACCACCACGGCUUCUUCAGCGCCGACGUCACCCUGCCCAAGGACCACACCGCCGGAGUCGUCGUCGCCUUCUAUUUGUCCAACGGCGACGUGUUCGACAAGACGCACGACGAGCUGGACUUCGAGUUCCUCGGCAACCGGCGGCGCCACGAGUGGCGUCUGCAGACCAACGUGUACGGCAACGGCAGCACGGACCGCGGCCGCGAGGAGCGGUACCUGAUGCCCUUCGACCCGACGGCGGCGGCGCACCGCUUCUCCAUCCUCUGGUCCUCCCGCGCCGUCAUCUUCUAUGUGGACGGCGUGGCCAUCCGCGAGGUGCCCCGGUCGGCCGCCAUGGCCGGGGACUACCCGUCCAAGCCCAUGGCCGUGUACGCCACCAUCUGGGACGGAUCCACCUGGGCCACCGACAACGGCCGGUACAAGGUGAACUACCGCCGCGGCCCCUUCACGGCCGAGUUCUCGGGACUGGUGAUCCGCGGCUGCCCCGCCGCGGACACCGCCGACGGCAACGGCCAGGGACAGAGCGGAAGUGACCACGUGGCGAUGCUGCUGGGGGCCGCUGACCGCGACCGGGACGCCUGCGCCGGCGCCGAGUUCGAGCUCAUGACGGCGGGCUACGCCAUCAUGACGCCGCGGAAGCGGUCGGAGAUGCGGCGGUGGCGCCGGCGCCAGAUGCUAUACACGGUGUGCUACGACACCAACCGGUACCCGGCGCCGUUCCCCGAGUGCGACGUGAACGUGGCGGAGCGCCAGAUGUUCUGGGAGUGGGGCGAGUCCAAGGUCGUCCGCCCCCGCGUCCGCGGCCGCUCCGGGGGCAAGCGCCGCCAGCAGGUCGCGGCCGGGACCACUGCGAGUGCGACGACGCCGGCGCCGCGGCUGGUGUCACUGCAGCAGGCCGACUGA